GACAGAGCUCAUGAACAAAAGGACUUAGACUUGAGCCACAGUCUCCUUCCCACAGAGCAUGCCCUGGGUGUCCAGUGGUGCACACAAACGGACAGUUUCAAAUUUCAGAUUAAGUUACAAAACAAGCCCGCCACAAGGCGUGGUAUUCUGUCUGUUGUUAGCUCAGUUUAUGAUCCACUUGGUUUUCUAGCACCCGCCCUACUGCCAGCAAAACUUAUUCUAAGAGACUUAUGCAACGAGAAAUUUGGGUGGGAUGAAGAAGUAGAAGUCAAACACAUUCAGAAAUGGAAAAAAUGGAUGGAUGAUUUGCAGUUACUUACAGACUAUAAAGUGAACAGAUGCUUCAAACCUACCGGGUUUGGAACCAUGAAGACAGCACAAAUGCACCAUUUUGCAGAUGCUAGUGAAGAUGGAUAUGGCACUGUCACUUACCUUGUCUUAACCAAUGAAGAGGGCAAAAAGCAUUGUUCAUUCCUGAUGGGCAAGUCAAGAGUUGCACCAUUGAAGCAGGUCACGAUUCCAAGAUUGGAGCUGACUGCAGCCGUUGUGGCAGUUAAAAUGGACAAAAUGCUUAAAGGUGAGCUUCAAAUGCCCUUAGAAGAAUCUACAUUUUGGACUGACAGCACCACGGUGCUAAAAUACAUUUCAAAUGAAAGCACUCGGUUCAAGACCUUUGUUGCCAACAGAAUCUCCGUGAUCAGAGAUCAUUCACAGCCUUCACAGUGGAGGUAUGUCACAUCUGCCCUUAACCCGGCUGAUCAAGCAUCUAGAGGGCUAAGCAUAGAAAACUUUCUCAAAAGCACCACAUGGUCACAAGGUCCAAGUUUCUUAUUGAAGCCUGAAAAGGAGUGGCCAAAAAGACCAGAUCAACUGAAUAAUUUACUCAUUGAAGAUGAUCCAGAAGUUAAAAAUUGUGCAGUUAACGUGACAAAAAUAGAGGAAGCAACCGAGCCCAUCAACAAACUAAUCACCUAUUUUUCAGAUUGGCAUCGCUUGAAGAAAGCAGUGGCUUGGUUUCUCAAG